AUGGUUGAAGUGUUUGAAGUGUUUGAUGAUUUAGAAAAAAAAACCGAAGGAAAAAAACCCGUAUUCCGUCCUGCGUGCUCUCCAAAACUCAUUACUCAGAGCAAAUGUGAUCGGCACAUAGCUCUCAAGAUCAUCAAAAAUGUCGAGAAAUAUAGAGAAGCUGCCAAGUUGGAAAUCAAUGUGCUGGAGAAGCUGGCCGAGAAGGAUCCCCACAACAAACAUUUGUGUGUCAGGAUGUUGAGCUGGUUUGACUACCAUGGACAUGUGUGUAUAGCCUUUGACAUGCUUGGACUCAGCGUGUUUGACUUCUUGAAGGACAACAAUUACCGUCCAUAUGCCCUGGAAGUCCGACACAUUUCCUACCAGCUGUGUUAUGCUGUCAAAUUCCUCCAUGACAACAAACUCACUCAUACUGAUCUCAAGCCUGAAAAUAUCCUCUUUGUCGAUUCAGAUUAUGACUUGACAUAUGAUCCCAAGAAGAAACGAGACAUCAGAACAGUUAAAAGGACGGACAUCCAGCUAAUCGACUUUGGAAGUGCAACAUUUGAUCAUGAGCACCACAGCACUAUAGUUUCUACUAGGCAUUACAGAGCACCAGAAGUUAUACUAGAAUUGGGAUGGCAGCAGCCUUGUGAUGUCUGGUCCAGGUGUAUAAUGUUUGAGUUGUACUUGGGGAUCACAUUGUUCCAGACGCACGAUAACCGAGAACACCUGGCCAUGAUGGAGCGUAUCCUCGGACCCAUUCCUUACAGAAUGGGCAGAAAGACAAGGACCAAGUAUUUCUAUCAUGGCAAAUUAGACUGGGAUGAAAAGAGCUCUGCAGGCAGAUACGUGCGCGAGAAUUGUAAACCUCUUAGGAGCUACCAGACAAGUUCAGAUGAGGACCAUAGGUUACUAUUCGACUUAAUCACCAAGAUGCUGGAAUAUGAACCAGGCCAGCGCAUCUCCCUGAGCGAGGCACUUAGGCAUCCUUUCUUUGAGAAAAUCCCUCCUCAUCAGCGGUUAGGCGACGACCAUCGGGAACGCUCACAUUCCCUCUCACGGUGAUGCCAGAUAUUCCAAGGGUCCUACAGCACUGCUGCCUAACUCAUAUACCUUUCCCUUGUGCUCUCCCGGGCUGUUAACAGUUCAUGUGCCGGAUUAUGUAGAUAAGUCAAGAUAUUAGCUCAGUUUAAUAUACGUAACCAGCAACUGAAUCUCAGUAAGGAUUUCAGCAAAAUUACCAUUAUUAUUAUUAGUCUUGUUGAACUGAAAUGGUAUAUUUUUAAGGUUCAUUAUUUUACAGUAAGAAAAAUUGUUGAUGAUGGGUUAGUACAAAGAAGGUGUUGAUUCUUUGAGUGGGUGAUUGGGCAUUGAACCUUUUAUAGGUGAAUGGGGUUUGAUAGUUCCUGUGAUCUUGUUUGUGGAAUUAACCACCUUCUUGGUGAAAGUCCCAUUAUUAUUCCUAGCUAAAUAAAAAGUUAAAAAAACAAUAAAUACAUACAUAAAAAGCAGAGCUCAAGACUUGAAAGCAAGUUUUUUUUCUCAGGCUGAGCAACUGUUCACAUUAGCAUAUGGCAUUGGGAGGGAUGCAAGGUAGUUUAAUAUAGGAACAUUUUACAUGUGUCUUUGUGCAUUAAGUUGUAAUUAUCUGUGAACUAUCAUUUGGUAUGUUUUUAAAAGCUUUUGUUUUUAAAAUGAGGCUACCACAUGACAAAAGGUUAAUUUCCUCUUUUGUUCAGAGGUAAUGAACAAUUGGUUACUAGGAAAAUGAAUGUAUGAACUAAGGGAGUGUGAAGGAGCAUCCACACUAUUGUAAAGGAUCUCUCUGCUCUUUAUCAAAGCCAACUUCAUAUGUGUUCUGUACAAGAAAGUGAUGUUGUGAACUGUGUAAAAUAUUUUUUAAAAAUGUACAUUAUUUUCUAAUUUGCACAAAAGUUAGAUGAUAUGGAACAAAUGACUGAAACUACUUGUAUCAUUUGAAAUGACACUGCCGGAGAAAGUGGACUCUUUAAAUAAACAGUGUAAAGAUA